CAAACUCAACUCUCCACCUCCUCCAUCAAUGGCAGACUAUUCCCCCCACCACCAUCACCACCAGCAACACCAGAACCACAACCUUAUCCCCAAAGAAACCGCCCUCCAAGCCUUAAACACAAUCAUCCAACUCCACUUCGAAAAAACCCUGGAGAAAAAACGAGCCAUUGACCUCCAAAAAAAGGAGCUCCACAAACUCUUCCUCCUCUUCUUCAUUUUCUUGAGCCUCGUCUUCAUGGCUGAGGCUCAGUCCCCCCGCCUCCAAUGCCGCCACUGCUGGGUCCCCAUCACGCUACUCUCCCUCGCCCAGUUGAUCUUUUAUGUUUCUGUGGCUCAAACUCUCAGGUGCAUCAAUGGGUUCAAGUACCAAAGGAGGUGCCACAAGCUGACUUUGGGGUUGGCGACCGAGAAGCUGAGGGAGAUAAAGAUGAGAAUGAGUAAUGGAGAGUUCGGUGAAGGGUUUGGAGAAGAUAGUGGGGAGUUUGAGAUUCACUAUCAGGAGCCUCCGGAGAGUUAUUUUGAAAAGUUUAAGUCUUCAAGAAAAGUUUGACCUUUCGAAAUUCUUAAAGAGGGACAAUAUUAAUGACACAGUGAAGAUGUGCUGAAUUGUUUUCUUGUUUGGAUUUGAAACUUGAAAUUCGAAAUCCAAAGUGUGGACUGUGGAGACUCAGAGAUUGUCAGUACCUGCAAUGCAGUCCAUUACAGCUCUCAUAUUUCAAUGGUUCCCUUUUUUAGGUUAAGGCUCUCUGUAAUAGUAAUACAUUUUAUAUUUUAAU